GGCAAAAAUGGUUGACUUGCCGGUGACUUCAAGAGUUUCAAAGUUAUUCUUAGCGGGGCCAAGAUACUCCGUCCGGUCUGGGUACGUUGUUGACAGCGGCUUUGACAACCGAGGCUAGCGCGUUAGCUCGCUAAGCUAGUCAGCUUACUCCAGUGUCAUGUGAUCCGGCGGCUCAGGCAGCUACAGCAGCAGGAAGCGGGUGUGUGGGUGAUGGUGGUAUUCAUGGUUUCCACUCAGCAAGCCUCAACUUGCAAGCAAAUGGGUGCACAGCCUGGGGAUGAAAAACUUCAUCCCAACAUCCAACACCUGCCUGUGCUCGGAGCAUUUCAGGACUGACUGCUUCAGAGACUACAAUGGUAAACAGUUUCUGAGGGAGGAUGCUGUGCCCACCCAAUUCAACCAUGGACAAGAUUCAUCAAAGAUUGAACUUCGUAAAAGAGUGGUGGUACCAAAGGAGCCAAACACCGUAAAUCAAGUGGGAUCACAAGUGGACAGAGACAGAGCGAGAGAAGCUGCCAAUAUACGCAGGGAGAAACGAGGAGGAAUGAGGGGUGGACGAGGUGGUCGUGGAGGAAAGCAGCUGUCUGACAGGCUGAGCAAUGCAGCCAAAAGCAGAGUGUACGACAACAAGGGUCGACUGCUCUCUAACAGCGUUGACAUGUGUGACUGUCUGGACGUAGACUGUAUGGGCUGCUUUUAUCCCUGUCCCGAAUGCGGCUCACGCAAGUGUGGGGUAGAGUGCCGCUGUGACCGGAAGUGGCUUUACGAGCAGGUGGAAGUUGAAGGUGGAGAGAUCAUAAGGAACAAGUAUGCAGUUUAGUUUGCAGUGACUCUUAGGUUUUAAAUGCUUGAUGAUAAUGGAACCAGCUGGGGUUCUGGGAAGUUUCUAAAUGCUCCAAGUCAGACUGGUUUAAACAUUCAAGACUGUGAUGCUGUUUAAAGCAGGAGCUUUUUGAUAACAAGGUGCAGACAGCAGUUGUUUUGAUAAGCUAUGGAAUGUAUUUCAAUCCACAGUCCCCUUCAUUUUUCACCAAGAUCUUGUAUUAAUGAUGGGAGACACAGACCACUGUGUAAACACCUCUAGAGCAUAUUGCAAAGUUUCUCGGAAAGUUUCAGGUGUUGCCUCUGUGGUGGUCAGUCAAUGUGUGAAAAAGAUGACUCAUGUUUCCUGAACUAUUCUUUCACAAUUUGAGUCUGAUAAAUCCUGGCAUUCUCGUCUUGGAAUAUGCUUGAAAAACCUGGUAAUUCGGUAUAUUAAGGUUGUCAGUUGAACUCUAAUUUUUAGAGGCAUAAUGUUGCUGAAUCUAGGCAUGACCAACUGUAGCCACCCCAGAUCAUAACACUGCCUGUACAGGCUUGUAUGGUGGGCAAUAAACCAAAUAUUAGACUUUGACUUGCUUUUUUGCCCGGGAAGUGUAUAUAAACGAUAAGAGCACAAUUCAACUUUAUCCACUGUACAAAACACAGAAAACUCAGUGCUUAACUAUCAGCUAAAUAUAAGCAGUAAAAAGUAAAUAAAAUAAACACAAUCCAGUAGGUUUGCUUUCUCUGGGUUUUUGCAGCCCUGUUUCUCCCAGUCCAAGACUAAGUAUUGGUCCACGGGUUUAAAGGAUGUCUCAUUUAAGAUUUCUCAAAACUUUCUCAAAGCAUUCAACUGAAUGUUGAGUGUGCAUUUCCUUAUUCCUGUUUUCUCUGUUUUGUUGUAAAAAUAUUUUGGUGUGUCACCAUGUGUUAAUAAACUCUUUUAUAGACA